CUUCAGAGGCAGCUGAACAGGGCCAGGAUGGGGCUGCCGGGGCUGGGGCUCCUGCUAAAGAGGCUCGGGGUCUUUGUACGGGUGGCGCUGAAAGUGGCCGUGGGUAAGGUGCUACUAACACUGUGGCCCAGUGCAAUCAGGCCCCACCUCCUGGCCAUGAGCGAGAAGACUGGCAUGGCCAGGAACCCCCACUUCACCUAUGAAGACUGGGCCCCCACCUUCUUCAGCAUCCAGUAUUUCUGGUUUGUCCUGAAGGUCAAUUGGCAACAGCUGGAAGACAGAACAAAGCAAGGAGACAUCGCCCCCGACAGCCCUGUGGUGCACCUCUCCGGGCAGAGGGCCCGUCUGUGGGACUUCAUGCAAGGGAACAGACCCUUGGUGCUGAAUUUUGGCAGUUGCUCCUGACCUUCAUUUCUUUUCAAGUUUGACCAAUUCAAGAGACUUGUGGAAGACUUGAGCUCCGUGGCAGAUUUUCUCAUCGUUUACAUUGAAGAAGCACAUGCUUCAGACGGCUGGGCUUUCAAGAACAACGUUGACAUCAGACGUCACCGGGACCUCCAGGAGCGCCUGCAGGCAGCCCGCCUGCUGCUGGACAGGAACCCUGGCUGCCCUGUGGUGGUGGACACAAUGAAAAACAGGAGCAGCCAGCUGUAUGCAGCGCUGCCUGAGAGACUCUACGUGCUCCAGGAGGGAAGGAUCCUCUACAAGGGAGGACCUGGCCCUUGGAACUACCAUCCUGAGGAAGUCCGUGCUGUUCUGGAGCAGCUCUGCAGGUCAUCUGCACAGUCCCCAAGGCUCUAAGUGGCCAGCUGGAAGAGACUUCAUGAGACUCGAACCUUGCCCUAACUCACUGUGUUCUAAUUUGGAUUUUUCUGGUCAGCUGGGGGCAUGCCGCCAGAGCACUGGCUCAGGAGUAAGUGUUCAAAGG